CAAGGACUUCUCUACACUCCUUGGUUUUGUGCCCUCUUUGUUUCAACCUGUUCCAUACCCCGGUGUAAGGUUUUCUAGGAUCGGAUUGUUCCGUUUCGUCCCUCCGAAAAGUUCUUGAUUCUUCUUUAAUUUCCCUCGGCUUCUCCUCGUCGCCCAACUUUCCUCUUCCGAAUUUUUUCUCUUCUAGACACAGAUCACAAUGGUCAAGGAAACUAAGUUUUACGAUAUCUUGGGGGUUGCCCCGACGGCUUCUGAGGCCCAACUGAAGUCUGCCUACAAGAAGGGUGCUUUGAAGUACCACCCUGACAAGAACACAAACAACCCCGAGGCCGCUGAGAAGUUCAAGGAAUUGUCUCACGCUUACGAAACCCUCUCCGACCCCCAGAAGCGUAGCCUCUACGACCAGCUCGGUGAGGAGGGUCUUGAGCAUGGCGGUGCUGGCGGUGGUAUGGGCGCCGAGGACCUCUUCGCUCAGUUCUUCGGCGGCGGUGGUGGUUUCGGUGGCAUGUUCGGUGGUGGCAUGCGUGAACAGGGCCCCAAGAAGGCUCGCACCAUCCACCACGUUCACAAGGUCAACCUCGAGGAUAUCUACCGCGGUAAGGUCUCGAAGCUGGCCCUUCAGAAGUCCGUCAUCUGCCCGGGUUGUGAUGGUCGCGGUGGUAAGGAGGGUGCUGUCAAGUCGUGUACCGGCUGCAAUGGCUCCGGUAUGAAGACCAUGAUGCGCCAGAUGGGUCCCAUGAUCCAGCGAUUCCAGACCGUUUGCCCCGAUUGCAAUGGCGAGGGUGAGAUCAUCCGUGAGAAGGACCGCUGCAAGCGCUGUAACGGCAAGAAGACCACCGUGGAGCGCAAGGUUCUCCACGUCCACGUUGACCGUGGUGUGAAGAACGGCCACAAGAUUGAGUUCCGCGGCGAGGGUGACCAGAUGCCCGGUGUUCUGCCCGGCGACGUCGUUUUCGAGAUCGAGCAGAAGCCCCACCCUCGCUUCCAGCGUAAGGACGACGACCUCUUCUACCAGGCCGAGAUCGACCUGCUCACUGCUCUUGGCGGUGGUACCAUCAACAUUGAGCAUCUUGAUGACCGGUGGUUGACCGUGACCGUCGCUCCAGGCGAGGUCAUCACUCCUGGUGCUAUCAAGGUUAUCAAGGGCCAGGGUAUGCCUUCCUACCGCCACCACGACUUCGGUAACCUCUACAUCCAAUUCGAUGUGAAGUUCCCCGAGAAGGAUCAGCUCAAGAACCUUGAGUUGCUCGAGCAGGUCCUGCCUCCUCGCAUGGAGCAGUCCCAGCCCCCGCAGGACGCCAUGAUCGAGGACUUCGAGCUGGAGGACAUCGAUGGCAGCGAGACCUCUCAGGCUCGCGCACACGGUGCCGCCAACUCCAUGGACGAGGAUGACGAUGAUGUUCCUCCUGGCGCUGAGCGUGUGCAGUGCGCAUCGCAGUAAACGGGGAGUUUAGAUGGGGAGUGAUGAUGUUGUGCUGGGGCUUGAUGAAAUUCGCUUAUGAUACCAUGUGAGGGGUUUCGGCCCCGGUACUGCUCGGUUCUGUUAUGUUCGUGCGAUGACUUAUUUCUGCGAUGGCGUUUGCACUAAGAUUCGGG